AUGUCCUCCAACGAGCCGCGGGACGGCAACGGGCGGUCGCCUGGAGUGUCAAUAAAGCCAGUCUCACUAUCGAUAGGCUCCUCGAAAACCCAGAACAAAAAGACCGCAUUUAAUAUACAGAGCUCAGGACGGCAGACCGAUUCACCGUCUAAUCAAACCCUCCCACGCCGACCUCACCACUCACUCCAUCACGAUGAUGACGACUCCGAUGAUAAUGGUGGCGAGCCGGCCUUCGAGUCUGUAACUGGCUUCGACACACUCACCGGAAAGACGAUAGGCGAUGCGGAGGAAAAGCAACCGCUGACGAUCCCCGUUGCGAGCGGAAAUAACUGGCGUGAUCGACCUGGAGUUAUCAAGAGGCCCAAGGGGAAAAAGAAUCUACUGCCGAAGGAGGUACAAGCAUUACAGUCGGCACAGAGAAAAGGGGAAAUCCCUGGAAAUGGAGCCGAUGCUGUAGGGCCGAGUAUGUCGUAUGGGUUGAGUUUUGCUCAAGGGAAGACCGAUGAAGACAGUGGCAAGACAACAGGUGAAGGGGAACAGAAGAUGGAAGAUGCACCGCCUCCAGCUGCCGAGAGUGCGAAGCCCCUUACGGAGGAUGAACUUGCCUUGCGCGCACUGGUCCGAGAGAGUAAAGGGGAGGUGGAGGGGAGGUCGGACCUUGUUAUUGAGUCGAAGCGCGCGGACGAAGAGGAUGAGUUAUAUGGCGAACAUAAUAAUGAGACGAAUUCAUUCCGGGCGGAUGUUGCUGCUCGGCCGGAGCCCGCCAGCUUGGACCAGUACAACGCGAUCCCUGUGGAGGAGUUCGGCGCGGCGUUACUCCGUGGAAUGGGUUGGAAGGAAGGUCAGACUGUGGGGAAGGGGAACUACAGCGGAGACUCUAGUCGAUCAUCUACGCCGCAUGUCCCUGCACGUCGUCCAGGUUUCUUAGGAAUAGGCGCUAAGGAUGUCUCUGGAGGCAAGGCUGAGGUUGAGUUCGGCGCCUGGGGCAAAGCUGCCAUGCGCAAGGGGUCUAGAAAAGCUGGAGAAACGAAAGAUGGCGAACAGCGGAAUACAGAAGGCGUCUACAUGCCCGUGCUCAUGCGAAAUAAAAGGACCGGCGAGACUAUCACGGAGGAAGAGCUCUCGACCAUGGCUAAGGAAGCCAAGAAACAAGACGAUAAUGAUGACUGGAAGGAGAGAAGGGAUCGAAAUCUUGAACGAAGUGGGCGUGAUAAAGACCGUUAUCGGGACCGAGAUAGUCGGCGCAUAGAAUACAACGAGGAUGAUCGGUACGAGAGCCGACGAAAUGGAUCUUCGAGAAGGGAUCGGAGUCGGUCAAGUAGUGACCGGCAUUCUAGGCGACGAAGGUAUGACGACGAAGAUAGCGACAGACGAGAUGACCGAUAUUAUCGUGACCGAGACCGAGACCGCGAGCAUCGCUCUGACCGUGAUAGAGAUCAGAACCGGAACCGGGAUCGGGAUCGAAGAAGUCAAAGAUACGAUGAUGACCGGUAUAGCUCACGGCAUUCAUCAUCUAAUGCAUCUAGCAGGCAUCGGGAUCGAGAUCGGGACCGGGACAGUGAUCGCGAUUCUCAUCGGCGGCGGAGGUAUGAUGAUCGGUGA